AUGUCAUUAAAGUCCCUCUUUUGCCUAGGCCAGCGUCUCACAGGCAGAGCUGGUACCUAUCGAAUUACACAGCAGGUUUCCGAGUUUGUAUAUCUUGCAGCGUUCGUUACUGUCACCGAUCAACGCGACAGUCGCGUCGUCGUUAAAAGCGUUGAAGGACAUUGGCGUCUUCAUAAUGAGAGGGAUAUCCUCAAGCGCUUUCAGCUUCGCGCCCCUACUCUGCGCCCCCUCUUGGACGAGAUUCAAGAGCCGGUGGAACCCCCGGCUAUAAUCCUCAAGUACCUUGACGAUGAUGUGACAAGGGCAUCGAAGAAACAGAGACUCACCCGGCAAGAGAUCAAAUCUGUGGCCAAGAAUGUGCUGGAAGCUUUGCAGGUGCUUCACGAAAAUGGCCAUGUUCAUACCGACAUCAAACCGAGCAACAUCCUAGUAAACUACGGCAGUGGAGAGCGUCGAUUCUCCGAAAUACAAUUAGCGGACUGCGGAGGAGCUGUCUCGGUCGAUUCGGAGUUCGCCAAGGAUGGCGUCCUGACUGGAACGAGUGUGUUUCGCGCUCCCGAGGUGCAUCUGGAGAUGCGAUGGGGCACGGCCGCCGACAUUUGGAGUUUCGGCUUGAUCAACCUCAUCUGGGGGUACAACUUCCACCUGUUCGAGCCGGAUGUACCAGAAGGGCACGAGUUGUACGACGUCAAGAUUCUGGUGCUGCACCAUCAGUGGUUUGGGCCCUUUCCCAUCUCGUACAAGGAGAUUGCCGACCAGGAGACACAAGAGAAUAUCAUGCGCAUCAUGUCGGUUAUCCCACCCGAGAAGCUUAAGCCAUUUCGGUAUCUGCGUGAACGGGAGAUUUGCGAUGCGGACAAAAGGUUUGUUCUCAAAAUCAUGCAGCUUGACCCAAGGGAUCGUCCUACUGCCAGGGAGCUUCUGGAGGAUGAGUGGUUCACCGAGCGAUCAGACAGGACGGUGGGGUGGUAUUCCAAGCAGGAGUGGAUGCAGAUGAAGCAUGGUAGCAAAUAA